AAAUGCUGCUGAGUCUGAGGGACAACACCCGAGGAGGCAGACAUCGGCUACUACGGUGGGAAUUAACCAUAAAUGAAGAACAUGCGGCCAAACAGCAGGAGUUAGGUUGUUUUUGUUAUCGCAGAGCAGCUCAACAUGACCGCCUGUGAAAACGAAGGACGCAUCCUCUGAUUUGGAUCAAAAUGAGCAGUAAAAGAGAGAGGGAGCAGAAGAGGAAGCUGCAGCAUUUCCUGAAUGACCUGACUUUACUUGGAUCGCUGCAGGGAUUUAAAUACUUCCAGCCGUGGCUGAGAGGGAAAGAGGAGCUGCUGCUGACUGUUGUCAACGAGGAUCUGGGUUGGCGUUCUCCGGGUUUUUUGGUGUCCAGGGCGUCCUCGUUCUCCUCCGGCUGCAGCAGCUGUAACAGCAGCGACGUCUCUCCCAGCAGCAGCUCUCCCAGCGUGGACAGCAGGAGCAGCUCGCCUCUGCCCGGGGAGCCUCGGGGCCCACCGGACCUCCGCUCUCACACACAAACCGAGAGCCGCCCGCAGGCAGCCAGGGAGCCCAGCGGCGAGGAGCACCUCCUGCCAGCUUCUCCCAGCGAGAGGGAGAUGGCAGUACCUGAGGUGAACUGCACUCUGUUUUUAUUGGCUGGUUACGUGAAGUACGGGCGCCCUUACGCCUGGAUCCGCUCCAACCACGAGCGCCUGGUCAACAUCGGCGGCACCGAUUCGAUGGUCAAAGACACGCCGAUGAAGCUGAAGUCCGUCACAGACUGGCCGACACGAAAUGUUCGCACCUGGGAUGUCGUGAGCGAGCUGGUGACCCUGUGCACCGUUCCCUCUCCUUCCAACCCCUUCGCCUUGGACAUGCGCUACGUCCAAAACCUUCCCCUGCCAGAACGCCUCCUCGCCACGGGAGCGCUCCUCAACUUCCUGGAGACGUAUGUGGUGUACGGGAACCGGGACGAGUUGCACUACGAUAAAGUGGUGGAGGAGGUGAAACCUCUGAGGCGACUCCACGUCCAAUCGAUGCUAGAGUUCCAGCGACUCCGAAGGAGCCCAACAAAACGGGACACUUAAAGAUGAAGUCCCCUCAAAGCAAUAGUUCAGGAUCUGUGGAAAGGUUGUGAGUGGUUAAUAUCUUACCUGUUGUAGACAACUGUUUGAACGGCCUCGGUUGGAAGAAAUUGUUUAAUUCUGACCAGAUUGACGAGCUAAUGGGUCAGGACCAUUGCGAACUUCUUAAAACAACUCAAAUGUUUUGUACCGGUUCAAAUGCUACUUUAGCUAACCUUUCGUAAAUUGGGUAGAAAGCACAGUUGGCAACAAGAAGCCCAACUGAAGGCAAGACUGCAAAAUUAAAAUGGAAUAAGAUCACUAAAAUUGUCAUUACAACU